UGACAAUGUGUGGCGGACCGGCGGUUCGUAUAUUGCGGAAGUGCCGGAUUCCUCACCAGCGAGGGGGAAGAGAGAGGAGAGAGAAGAAAAACGAAGAGGAUGAAGAUAUCUUCCUCUCUCCUGCUUCCAUCUGCUUCACUCUCUAGAAUUCCACCACCAACUUCCUUAUCUUCGAACAACUCCCUCUUCUUCAGUAAUGGCAGCAAGGCCUUCAGGAAGAAGGGCGCUACUUUAGCGCUACGCAGAAGAAACGGUCGGAAUGGUCUCGAUUGCCGCUGCCUGUUCGGUCUCGGAGUACCCGAGCUCGCCGUGAUAGUAGGCGUCGCCGCGCUUGUCUUUGGGCCCAAGAAGCUGCCGGAAAUCGGCCGGAGUAUCGGCAAAACUGUCAAGAGCUUCCAGCAGGCAGCUAAGGAGUUCGAGACUGAGUUGAAAAAGGACACAGAUGAUACAAAUGAAUCAUCUACAUCAAACUCAACAAUGGUUGGUGAAGAAAAACAGGAUGUGAAGAUGUAGAGAGAGUUCGUGCAUCUUUGGUUACAAGGAACUCCAAACUUGUGGUCGGGAUGCAAGUUUUUUUGUUACUUGACAAAGAAAACCGUGGAUAAAAUAUCCACUGUCUUUUGUUUUUAAGGAAAAUGUUGUCCUUUUUUGGUCUGAGCGUGAUGUACAUGUUGCUAGUUGGUUUUUGCUUUAAUUUCCUCUUCAAGAAUUUGUUGUCCAGAAUUCAACUUACUGAAACAAUUCUGAAUAUUAUAUGAAUGACUUCAUUUUUCCA